GGCAUUGCGCUACGGCGAGUCCUGCGCUCAUUCGGAUGGGCCACGUGGACUUUGUUGCGCCUGCGUUUGUCGGCGACGUCGGCAUGGGCCAGGCCAAGGUUGUUUUCACAUCGAAGCGCAGCGUGCUGGUGCUGGUACAUGUAUGGUCCGAAAACCCUCGCUCUGGAGAGGUCCGUCUGUGCAAUCGAGCCUUUGCUUGGUAUGUUCCGUUAAAGUUGACGGGCGACGCAAUCUUCGAGGUUCCUCAAUUAAAAGUGGAUCCAACCGACUCGUUGGCGACCUGCCUGUGGGAAUAUGCGCACAGUUCAUACACAAAGCGCAGAGUGAACGGUAACCCUUCCAGGGGAAGUUACCUUGCACCCAAUCAUCCUCUGGUUAGUAAGAUACCUUUGGACGGAGAAGAGAAGACAAACGACGAUGGGCACGAUUUUAUAUUUCCUCUCUUACCAAUGAAAUGUCCGCCUGGCAACGAGGCAGCGCCAGAUUACCGAACAGUGGAAGAAACUGAGGCUAACUUAGCUGCCCUCGUGCUACCAAGUGACAUGCUCACCGGGGAUUUCGCUGCGGGUGGAAUGAUCAUGAAAAUGAUUGACAACUGUGCAGGCAUUGUGGCUUUCAAACAUUGCAGAUCGAAUGUUGUCACCGCUUCUUUGGACGCUCUCGACUUCAUGCGACCUAUCAAAUCAGGAAACCUAGUCACUUUGAGAGGGAAAGCCACUUACGCCAGUCCAAAGUCAUUAGAGAUUCUGGUGACCGUUGAAGUGGAAGAUUUGAUGGCGGGCACGAGGCAACCAGCUAAUCAGGCCAUCCUCACAUUCGUCAAGCUCGACGCUGCUGGCAAAGUGCAACCGAUGCCUGGAUUGAUUAUCAACACAAGGAAACAGCACGAGCGGAUGAGAAUUGGGCAUGAGAGAUAUGAAAUCAGAAAGCGUAUCAGGUCGGCGCAGCCCAUCGCACGUCCGUAAUACAAAGCAAAUAAAUAUUUAGUGAUUGUGGAGA